CUCCGCUCAGCGGAUGUUUCAUUGCUGGGCCGACAUCAUAAGGUUAAGUUGGGCCUCUCCCUCCAUUAGAAAGCACAUGUACCUGUCUUUAAGCCGACUUGUGACACACACGCGCUGUCAGGUAUGGGUUGUACUAUAGGAAUAGUGACAUUGGUGCUCGCUUUCAUUGUUGGCGGUUUGUCUCAGGAGUGUACCUUCGACGAGGCCGUCAACCCGAUGUGUGGCUGGAUCGCAUCUCGCGGCCGUGAUGCAGACUAUUACUGGCAGCUUCAUGAGGGAAGCACGCCUGCGAAGAACACGGGUCCACCCACGGAUCGCUCGGGAGCAGGCAAAUACAUGCUUGCCAGGUCAUCGAUCGAGACCAAGAAAGGUCUGCAACGCGUGCCCAAGCGGUCCCGGGCUAGGCUGACCAGCCACACGAUUAACGUCGGCCCGCAGCGGAAGCUUCUCAGGUUCUAUUACUUCAUGUUCGGCAAGCAGAUUGGCGGAUUGACGGUGUUUGUGGCCGUGCGGGGCGACGUCAGACCGCCGUCCCCCGAGUGGAGACGGCGGGGGAACCUGGGGCCGGUGUGGCACAUGGGAGAGAUACGUCUACCUGUCAACAGUACCAUCAAGGUUGUCUUUGAAGCUGGGGUGGGCAAGGGGAUCAUCGGAGAUAUCGCCAUUGACGAUAUUACGAUACAUGACCUUGCAGCAGACUGUACAUUCGAGGCCUCUAAUAGCUUGACCCCCGUCGAGCCAGCGUGUCGCUUUGAAGAGGCGAGCGAGGACCACUUCGACUGGCAGGAGAACACGGGCAAGACGCCCACGAGACGGACCGGGCCAGCCAUUGACCACACCUUUGAGCAGUCGAGGGGCACAUACAGGUACAUCGAGGCCACCGGGCCAAACCAGGGGGAAAAGGCUCACCUCCUGAGUCCACGCUACACCAAGAUGCAGGGCGACUGUGACGUGUCAUUCUGGUAUCACAUGUACGGCGAACACGUGGGCCACCUGAAGGUCCAUAUCAUGGAACGUCCGGGCCAUCUAGGGGAGCCCUAUUUUACACAAGCGGGUGACCAUGGCAACGUCUGGAUCGAGGGAUAUUUCAACAUCACGAACAUUGUCGGGAGCUACCGGGUUGUCUUUGAGGGGAUCCGCGGGGAAGGUGCCUCAGGAGACAUCGCUAUCGAUGAUUUCAAGCUCCUGGGCCCGCACUGCAUCACAGCUGAGUCACUGCGAGAACUGCAGAGAAACGAGUCCAGGCGGGACAACUGCUCCCCGAACCCGUGCAGCCACGGGGGCACCUGCCAACCGGUGAUCGGGGGGUACAGGUGCAACUGCACGGAAGGAUGGGGAGGAGUCAACUGCAACAGAGAACAUUUGACAAGUUCGUGUUCCAGCCGACCCUGCUUACACGACGGUCACUGCGUGGUCAUCAACAGCACAACCUACACCUGCGAGUGCCCCCUCGGCUGGACUGGGGACAACUGCGAACUCGAGGACACCGAGUCUUCUUCGGAAUGUGACCCGAAUCCGUGCCAGAACGACGCCACGUGCUACAAUUUCACCACGUACUACGAGUGUGUCUGCAAGGAAGGGUGGAUCGGUGCUGACUGUGAUGUCGAGGACAUUCCCAAUCCUUGUGAGGUUAAUCACUGCCAGAAUGGCGGUGUUUGCAUCGUUCAAUCAGAGAGGCAGUUCACAUGUGGUUGCACUCGAGACUUCGAGGGCAGGAACUGUGAAAUAGCAAAAGUCCGUACCAACCCCUGUGACAGGCAUCCUUGCCGACACGGCGGGACCUGCCAGGGUACCGCCGGCAAUCCGGUCUACACAUGUACCUGCUCUGCCGAAUGGACUGGCGAUAAUUGCGAAACAGACAUGGCAACUGUGGACAAGUGCUCGAGCGACCCAUGUCAGAAUGGGGCGACUUGCAGCAGCUAUACUGACCACUACGAGUGCCUAUGUACCGAACGGUGGGCUGGAGGAAAUUGCGAGAUUGAUCGUGCAAGUAUCGACAAAUGCGAAAGUUCGCCGUGCCAGAACGACGCAACCUGUACCAGCUUCUACGAUCAUUACGAGUGUUCAUGUCCGUCGGAAUGGACUGGCGAGAACUGUGAGGAAGACGUUGAUGAGUGUGCACUCGACACUAGCCCGUGCCAUAACGGUGGAACGUGCAUCAACACUGUUGGCGGUUUUAACUGCACCUGCCCCCGCGGCUGGCACAGCGCUAACUGCGAACUAGCGUGUGUUGACAGCAAUAAAAACUGUAUGUAUUGGGCGGCUGUGGGAGAGUGUAAAAUCAACCCCAACUACAUGUUGAUUUACUGUCAGAAAGCGUGCGGAGUCUGCGAAGAGUACAUCUGUCAGGACUCCCAUGACAACUGUCCAAGGUGGAAAGAACUGGGCGAGUGUACAAAGAACCCCUACUACAUGAUGGCCAACUGCCACUACAGCUGCGGCGUGUGUAUUGACGAUGAAUGUUCCAGCAGUCCGUGUCAGAAUGCCGCGACAUGCGUGGACGGCGUAGACUCCUACACAUGCACGUGUCCGUCUGGCUUUGAAGGCGUCAACUGUGAAAUAGAUAUCGACGACUGCCUUAACCAGCCAUGCAUGAAUAACGGUACAUGUAUCGACAGACCUAACGGUUUUCAGUGUACGUGCACGGAGUAUUACAGAGGAUUCACAUGCGAAUUAGAUGCAGAUUUUUGCACCAGCGACCCUUGUGUUAACAACGGUACAUGUGCGAGUGAUUUCACCGGGUUCAACUGUACAUGUCCAGAUGGUUUCGAGGGAACAAACUGCGAAAUAGAAAUCAACGAGUGUACCAGCUCACCCUGCCAGCAUACUGGGACAUGCGAGGACCAGAUCAAUGGUUACUUGUGUCAUUGUCCCCAGGAAUGGACCGGACCGGAAUGCCAGUUUGAUUUUGAUGAGUGUAAGAGUAAUCCAUGCAUAAAUGGAGGGACGUGUUACCACGGCGUGGGCCAUAGACUGUACAUAUGUUACUGCCCAAGUGGAUUUGAGGGACCAAACUGCGAACAAGAGGUGGAUGAGUGUUCCAGCUCACCAUGUCAAAAUGGGGCAACCUGCCAAGAUUUGCUGGACGGUUUCAACUGUGAUUGUACCCCAGGCUGGACUGGACUUACAUGCGGCCAAGAUACAUUAGAGUGUGCCAGUAACCCUUGUCGACGUGGUCAGUGCAUUGAGGGCGCUAACCGAUUUGAAUGCCUGUGCUUCCCAGGAUUUACCGGGGUCAUGUGUGAAAUAGACGUUGAUGAGUGCGCCAGUAAUCCAUGCUUGAACGGUGGACAGUGUCUAAAUUUGGACAACCGGCACGACUGCAUCUGCCCAGAAAAAUGGCAAGGGAGAUAUUGCGAAGAAGCCGUUACGACAAUGCCUCCUACAACCCCGUUUACUACCAGCGCGACAUCUCCAUCACCUAAACCUCAACACGCCUCUGCUUCAUGGAGUGAUUUUGUGUCAGAUUUCUUGGAGUCAUCGUACCCUCAGAGCAGCCAUGGUGAGUUCACUACGCCCAUUGACGAGGAAACAGGGCCGGACGAAGGCCCUUCAGGCAUGGGGGAGGAAGAGGUCAACACGCCAACACAGGACCAAGAGGUCGCAGACACAACAAGCCCCAGAAUUGAGCUGGUGGAAACAACGGAGCUUGAGGCGCUGGAGACUACCAGCGACACCCAGACCACGGAGGGCGCAGACAGGCCUAGCACGUCCGUCGGCAGCACCACGGGCUUGGACAACAGUGUUCUCCACAAGGAUCCCAUCGAAAAGAACCCAGCCGGUACGGAUGGGAGGAAAGGGGCGGGCCAGAGCAAGCAAUCCCAGCAGGCCUCCACGGGCCACAUCAUCGCCGUGGUUUUUGGCGGCCUGCUGUUCAUCGCCAUUGUGGCGUUCCUCGUCAUUGUCGUGGUGCGGCAGAGGCGAAAGUCGCGCAUCGGCAAGUACGAGCACUUCAGCAUGGACAGCAAAGACGCCCUGGCCUGGAAGGAGAUGGACACCCGCUCGUACAAUGACUCUAUUAACACGGAGAGCUCCAACAUGUAGCCAGGGUACAGCGUCGGGUUUACAGAUUCUAUUGGCAGUUGAACUCUUAGUGACUUUGCUGUGUCACAGUGUUUUCACUUUAAACAUCUAACCAGGGUAUCUUGAGUGCCUCUGCACUGCCUUAUGUCAAGAAGACAAGAGCCCCUCAGUGUAAUUGUGUAUAUCAAAAAGGCACUAAUGUUUUUCACCUAAGUUAAAGCAACGAUUUUUUUCAACAUGAAAAGAGGGCAAAAUGUCAUUGGGCAAUUGUGCAACGAAUUUCCACCCAUGACAUAAACGCCUUCUGAUCUAACAAAUAUCUUUCACAAGUGGCAAUUGCCAACAACACGACCGGAGUUGUCCAAAUAUGCUUUCUAAAACAAAUUGAUGCACUACUGCAUUAUCAGUGGUAUUCUCUGUGAACGAGAGCUGGCCGCAACAUCACUCUGUGGGUGCACCCACAAGAAAUAAACAAAGCUCACAAGGUUGACAGGUGUCGAAAAUGUCCAGCUUUAUUUUGUGAUUUUAGCUGACCAUAUCGUGAGACUGACAAGAUAAAAUGCUCUACGUCGUCAGUCUGACAAUCUAUACUGUUAAGAUCACGAAUGAAAUCUUACCAUUUAGACACCCUGUAAAUUAAGUUGCUGUGACAAAUAUGGGUUUUUUUCCUGUGCUGUAUGGUCUGAAGGGUCUUGUAAGUAAUACCAAAUCCAAUUUAGCAGAAUUAAGAUCUAAAUCAUUACAGCUGCACAGGUUUUGUAACUGGUAAAAAGUGAACCCCCUUGGGGUAAUGACACGAAGCCCUCGCUAAUUGUAAUGCCAAACCUCCAAAUGAAAUGCUCAUUUGAGCCCCUCUCGGUAUAAGCGAGUUUUUAAAGUACACGCACCUUUAGCACUCUAUAGAUGAGUGUCUUGACUCCGUAUCUAGGGAAGCUGGCCCCAUCCUCACAUCCCUCAAAGAUGCUAAUCUAGACCGGGGAUUAGAAAUUCUUUGUAUAAGAACGUUGAGUUGCAUCGUAAUGUUUACCUCCCAAAGAGGGUGUUAAACUUGGCAAAGUAUCAAUUAUCCUCGACCCCAAAUUCUCAGUGUCACCUGCAGCUGGGCUGUUUAGAAACUUCGUGGUCUAAAUCAUCGAGAUGCACAUUAGCAACUAUUUUACCAGAAGAAUUUCUGGACAGGAGAAUGAGAGCUGGGAUAAGUGCCUUUAUUGAUUAUUCUUAAUGCAGCACUCUGGUUUUGUUAACUAUUCUUUUUAUGUAUUUUUAAUUAUUUAAUUUCAUUUUACUGAGAACCUGACUUACCGCUGCAACCCCAGGCUCCAGCACAUCGCAUCUAUCCUUGUUGGAUUUCGUCACACAAUUUUAGAACAGGGUACAUUAAUGAACACACUUGGGGCUGCAUGAUAUCAGCUGCAAAUUCAGGCAAUCUAUUUUAAUCUACAAUGUUUUAAAAAGCACAUAAUGGAACAGUUUAACUCAACCUUAAUUGUCGAGCCGGCCAUAUGAACAAGGGAAGUGAUCGGUUUUUCUCUUGCUUUUUUGUUAGUUUGAUUGUUUGUUUUGGCUGUGCUCGUUUUAUGAUUUGUAAUUGGGGAGGCAUCCAGGGGUAACGACAUCUGUUGAAGAUGGGGUUUUACAUCCCCCACGUACUUCGGUAUAGCCUCUUGAGUUUUGGUUUUUAUUCAGUUAGCCGUUUGAAAUGUUACACGUGUGUUUUAAUGUUUAUACAUGUAGAUAUUCUUUAAGAUUUAUCUGUUACGGGAGCGGGUAUUGUAAGGUUUUGCUUAAAUAGUGCAGCUUUCGUUUGGUCCAUGCACACUCCCAGUCCGUGAGAGUAAAUAAUGAUCAUUUCCUCGUGUUUUCAGUCCAGACCGUGAUCUUUUAAACAAUUACCUCCGUGUAAUCUGGUCAGUUAAUUAGCUUCCGUGAAGCUACAUCACAGCCCUGCACACCGUCAAAUGGAUAUCUCUCACUUUACGCUGACAUAUUUUCUUUUGCAAAUUUUUCGUUUGAUCUGAAGAUUUGGCAUGAAAACAACUGAAGAGUAUAUUUAUUGCAACUAAUGUCGUCCUGCAGUAAAAGAAUUGUUUGUAUGUCGUUUUAUCUAAAGGCUCAUGAAUGAAAACUUUGACCAUAAUGAAGGUAAACAGUCACAUUUGGAUAAGGACUGUAAUCUGAUCAUAAUGGAUAUUUACAAUUGAGUAGUUCACUUAAAAGAAACGUCAAACUGCAUGUUGCAAAAUUGCUCGAAUCAGAAAAGAAAGUAUGCAAUUUAAAGUUCCGAAACAUAACAAGGGCUCUAACAGAAUGUUACGGUUAUUUUAUUGGUAUUUCGAACAUGUAGAGAUUCAUACGUUGAUGUUUACAACUGCUGAAGGCUUUGCAUCUUAUUUAACAUUCCCUGUGUCGAUAUUAUGUCAAACGCAGAAAUUAGUAUCAGGUACACUCGGUGAUCUAUUUGUAUAUAGUUUUCUUGAAGACAGCAUCUAUUAUUUACCGCGCAUGCUCUUCUGUAAGCUGGAAAUACAUCAUGUACAGUUGUAUAGUUCCACAUAAAAAGAGUAAUUCACUUUUGUACUGACUUUCUUGUUGGCCUUUUUUUUUGUAAAGUACUUUGAGUUGCGAAUCAUGGUCAAGAGUGAGGAGUUUUUUUUGUUAAUGAAAGCUGUACAGAUGAUACUGUAAACCUUACACACAUCUUGCUGUACGUUGUAGAGUACGGGAAUUAUACCAUCAGUAAGAAGAGUGACCGUAACCUAAGAACUGCAGCAUUAACCUGACAAUACUCGAAGCUUGUAAUAGGCAAAGAGAUGUUUUGAGGGUAAGUAUGCUAUAUAGUGUAGGUAGGAAAAGAUGUGUUUUUCAGUAUUAAAGAUCCAGUGUAAUUGACUCCCAAUUAGUGGGUGCGCUUAGAUGGAAAAGUCACCCAAACUGUAAAUAUUUUAUGACAGAAACGUUUUGGAAUAAAGUGCGAAUUGAAGAUGUGUGUAAA